AUGCCUGAGAAGGGAUCUUUUGCCAACUGCUGCGAGGCGGGUGGGUGGGCCUCGCGGCGAGGCUGGCAGAGGUGAGCUGCAUGCACCCAUCAGGGGUAUCCUCAGCCUCCCUGGGUGGCAGCCGUUCUGUCUGCCGUGCUCUUUGUCACCACCGUGGUGGACAUCCUGAGCAACUUGUCCGGGCUGGUCAUCCUCUCAGAACUCAGGAACCGCAAGCUGCCCUUGCAAAUGGCUGCUCACACUGCCACCGUCACCCCAGCCUUCAGUGACUGCCCUCAUCACAGACCAAGGCUCAACUCCAGAGCACCUCAGCCCCUAUGUAUCUGGGUGCUGAUGCUCCAGGCCGGUAGGAAGGCCAAGUCAGAGAGCAGGCUGCGCCUGAGGCCCAGCAUCAUCCGGAACUUUCUAAACAUGUUCCUGGUGUUUGUGAUCUUCACCAUCUGCUGGGCCCCACUGAACGGCAUCAGCCUUGCUAUGGCCAUUAACCCAAAAGAAAUAGCUCCUCAGGUUCCAGAAGGGCUCUUUGUUAAGAGCUACUUCCUGGCUUACUUCAACAGCUGCUUGCGUAUCAUCUAUGGACUUCUGAACCAGAACUGCUGCAGGGAGUUUGCAAGACACUCACACUCUCCCCACUGA